UUGAACUAUAAACAAAUUGCUUUUUUGAUUGUGGAAAAGUUUUGUAUUACUCAAUAAUUUCAUGGAAAAUAGAUUUCCUUCCCUUAUUGGUCAUGCAUAAAACGAUUUAGGACAAGUUUGUGGUGGAAUUUCCAAACGCAAAAUGGACAUCUUUCAAAAUCAGUGCACUGAAAGUCUGGGAUUCGAUUCGAUGCUGGCCUCGAAUCCCUUGAAUUCGCCACUGCAGAAUACCGACUCGUCCACGCAUCUAACAUUUAGUUCGUGUUCUUACUUUACCACGAUACCAACUUCCAACACAAUGGGUUACCCUGGUGGAACCAACACACUUUCCGUGCAAAGCUCUGUACCAGCUUGCACAGGAACUACUGGAGGUUCUUCCGGGCCGAAUGACGUUGUGCUUCCGAGUAUUUUCGUUAAGGUUCCAAAGCAGAUUAACCAGCAGUAUCAACAACAAAAUCAGUCCCGCAGUAAUGCAGAGGAAAUCAAAAGCGAAGAUAAAUCGGAACCCAUCAAACGCGAGUUGGGAGAUCUUAGAGCACUCGAGAAGGGAACUGCAAUGGUUCAACUUCCUAACGUUGCGGAGAGGUAUCUGACGGAUGAUCGCUCGGAGCAACAGGAAGAACCCGAAUUGAGUGUGCAUUGCUGUGAGUUUUGCCCAUUUGUGACCAUAGAGGAGCAAGUUUUGCGUGAGCACAUCCACAGCAAACAUCCUACGAGGGAUCGAGAGAAUCUUGAUUUAAUUAGCUGUCCAGCAUGCGAGAACAAGUUCCAUAAACGAAAUUCGUUAGAAGUUCACCUAGUCGAUGACCACAUGAUGUCUCGUUCUGAAAUGAGAAUACUAGUGGAGCGAAGGUUUCCUCAGACGGAAUCAGCGGAUGCACCGAGUGUGAAUAGAGGUGAACAGCAGGAAAAUGUCACUCUGGCUUCAUCUUCCCAACCUUCGGUGGUGCCCGAUCAAAACAAAAGCCGUAUAUAUAUAAAAAAUGUGCAAUUGCUCAAAAAACCUGAUGUCAUUGAACAGGAGAAUGUUCAGCAUGCCCAGGAGCAACAUGCUGAACAGCAGCAGCAGCAAAGCAGAAAAAUCUUUAUUCGGAAUGUAUCUCUACUGCAGAAUGCAAACUUCGUUCAAAACGUGGAAAAUGUUUUCCAAAAUCCUUCGGGACUGCAUGAGAGCAAAUAUAGCUUCGUUGUUCCUGCUCCAAGUCCAAACAGUCAAUCACCUCCGAUAAGCAUCAGUGAAGCCAAUAACACAACACCUCAGCGUAGUAAAAUUUUUAUUAGAAACGUGGAUAUUCUACGGAAUCCGCUACUUCCAAUCACACCUCCAAGUAUUGUCACAACUGGUGAAAUGAGUCGGGCCAGUAGCAGUGAAAGUUUAUACACAACACCACCGCCUCCGGUGAUCAGUCCGGCCGCGUCUGUUACAAGUAUCGGUGGUAAUUCUAUGGGCUGUUCUGGGUUGAAUAUGGUGAUAAUUCCAACCCCAAUUUGCAGUAGUAAUUCCUCUACUCCACCGACGAUUUCCACUCCGCCCGCCAUCACUGUAGCUAGUGCGGAUUCGAUACUUUCGCAACCGCCGAGAAAGAGUAAAAUUUUCAUUAAAAAUAUUAGUGUCCUUAAGCAACCCACAAUCCAUCUGAAGUCGGUCGAUGAACUGAACCUGAUGACUAUCGAUCAGCUUCAGUUGCAAAAUUUACUUCCUACAACAGUGAACAGUAGCUCUCAGAGUUUAGAAAACGGUGACCUAUCGAGGGAUGACGCUGUGCAACCGAUGGACGAAGACGACUUCGGGGGAAUCCUGGAAGAUCCCCAAUCGGAAAUGGAUGUUUUUUCCGAGACGGGAAAUCAGUACCACGAGCUGCAAUCGUGCUUACCGGUGGAUCAGCAGUCAUACCAGUCCGACUUUAACAGCGAUUUUAUCAUAAUUCAACCGGAAAGUUCAUCGGAAAAUGUAUCCUACGAAAGUUCGACAGAGCAUUCGCGAAUGCCGACACAAACAUCCGAUGUAAUAGAGCAUCAACAGAUUCAACUUCCGCCAGUAGAACCAUCCGAACCACAGCAAUAUAAUCAAACGGAUGAGGACAUUCUAUUUGUAUGUGCCGAGGAAAUAAUCAACUUGGAUCCACCUAUUCCGCAAGAGAAACUUCCCACCGAGCCCGUAAUGGAGCCUUUAGUAUCUUCGACAGGUCCUCAACUGCCAGCCCAGCAGCAGCAAGGUCGUAUUUAUGUGUCCGAUAAUUUGAUGGAACAUCAUCAACCAGUUGUCCCUCUGUCCACGUCUGCCCAGCCGGCACCCUGUCUGGUGGGAACGAUUUCCUCUACUAUCGCUAAUACCCUUAACAAAAUCGAACAAAUUCAUAUCGAGGUUACGCCCACUAGCUGUCAAAUGGAGAAUCCGAUAUCGCAAACUUCCGCACCCAGUCACUUGGAUGUCACCAGAAAAGAGCGAACACGUAGCCGAGGACGACCCAAGGGGGCAAAACAGACCGGCAUUACAAAAUUGAAAAAAUUGUACACCAAUCUGACUCCACUGGAAGAAGGUUACAAAUGUGAUUUGCUUGAUUGUGGUGCCCGUUUUCGGCAACCGGAAACGUUGGCCUACCACAAAAGGUGUCACACACAAUCGAAUGACCCAACAUCAUCCGAUGGAAUACGCUGUCCGGAGUGUGGUUCACAGGAGUUUCGUAAUUGGAACACGCUGCAUACGCAUCUGUGGCGGGAGCAUUCGAUCGACAUGGAACUUUAUUCGUGUCAUUUGUGCAAUUUCAAAACUCCCGUGUUGUGUCGGCUCAACAACACGCACAUGAAGAUACACUCGGACGAGAAGAAUUUUAUUUGUGCUAUCUGUGAUAAGGCAUUUAAAAAUAACAAGCAAUUGCGAAACCAUCGACGGUCCCAUCGGGAGCUGCCCUCGAAUCCACAGGCCAAAGAGAAGUACGACGAGCAAAGACAUGACAACAGCAAACAUCAGUUUUUGCAGCCCGUGAAUUGCGUUAAAUGUGGGUUAAAAUUUUCCAAUCCAAAAAUUUUGAAAGCUCACGUAGAAACAAGUCACGUGUUGGACGGCGAUCAUUGCGGAGGUGGGGAAGGACGCAUGAAAUGUUCCAUUUGUGGUAUGGUGUUUAAAACAAGGUAUCUGCUAAAAUCUCACGUAGCAAAACAUUCAGACGAAAAGAAGUUCAAAUGCUCCGAUUGUGAUUAUUCUACCAAUGAUCACAACGCAAUCCGCCGGCACAAAAUGCGACACAACACCGAAGGUCACAUGUACCGUUGUUCGUAUUGCGAUUAUACCAGCAUUCAAAGUACAACCUAUCGGAAGCAUUUAGAACGUAUGCAUGCAGAUGUGGCUUCCAAUUUGCUGUACAAAUGUUCUAAGUGCUCCUUCGUGUCCAUCAGUGAGUUGAAGUAUCAGCUUCAUCGAGCAAAACAUGAUACCAAUGAAGACAUGACGGAAGAAGGACAUGAACCAUUAGCUAAUGGGAUAAUUGAAGCUGCGGAUAAUUCUAUCGAAGAGGAAGAGCAAGAGCGCCAUUGUGAAAGUGUUAAUUCAGAUGUGGUUAUAGUCGAGAAGGAUCAAUCGGAGGCUCCGUUGGACGCAUUUUCGUUGAUUCCGUCGCAAAACAGCGACCAACAGGAUCACCAUCUCCCGUUGCAGCCGAUGAUUAGACCGGCUGGAUUUGCAAAUAACCUCUCGAAGGUGGAUAAUUUCUAUGGGUACACCAAUCCAACGCCGCUCGAUAAUCCUAGUCACCUAACCUAUCAGCAGCAAGGUGCGUUGGAAAAUUCCGCACAGCAAGAUAUGCAACUUCUGCAAGGCGAUAUAACACCUUCGUCCUCCACUGCAAGCUCGUCCGGUGCGGAUGAUCACCAUGCGCAUGAGUAUCUGGGUGAUUCCUUACUACACGGUAUGGUCCCGUUAAGCUACGGAGAAGAUGCUCUCGGCAGCUAAACCGUUAGAAUUCUACUGCUUUGUGUUAUCAACGUAAAAUGUGAUAUUAGAAUAAGAUUAUUUAAAUUUAGGCUGAGUGUUUAUUUAUUGUCAUAGUAAAUAUAUGUUUCCUUUCAAAUUAACAUGUUGCAUUUAAUAGUGAACAGGCGGUUUUCGGUAAGUAUUUUUAAUUCAUUCACAGCAUAAUCGACAAUGUCUCCGCGGUUACAUGAUUUUAAUUUUCAUUUAGUUCAUUAAGAAGUUAAAAUGAUCAUUAAAAUAAUAAAAUAAUCAUAAUUUGAGUGUCUUGUCUGUUCGUCUGUGGUAGAAUGCCAAUGAAAGAUGAAACAGUUCAGAUGAUACGAUUUUUUCCUGACUUUUACGACAUGAACCAGUGUAUCAGUUUUUGGACAAUUUUUGCAGCCGGAUAUCAUUCGGUCUCUAGGCUAGUUCUGUCCGGAGAAAAAAUAUAAUUAUGUUAUCAAUCUCCUGAUGAACUCCAGG